GGAACUUAUGGCAAAGUCAAAUUAGGUACUCAUAAACUCACUGGUCAAUUAGUCGCAGUAAAGAAAAUCAACAAACAACAUGCUUCCAUGAUAGCAAGAGAAAUACAUCAUCAUCGACAAUUAGAACAUCCAAAUAUUGUUAGAAUAUAUGAAAUUAUCUCUACUGAAUCCGCUAUUCAUAUCUUCUCUGAAUAUUGUCCUAAUGGUGAAUUAUUUGAUUUAUUGGCUUCUACUGGUCGUUUUGAUGAAUCAAGGGUACAACGCUGGUUUCGUCAACUUAUUGAUGCUCUUCAACUAUGUCAUCGUCAAGGUAUUGUCCAUAGAGAUCUCAAAUUGGAAAAUAUCUUAUUAGAUACCAAUGAUAAUUGCAAGAUUGGUGAUUUUGGUUUUGCUCGAUUUACUGACAACAAACAACUUUUGGAUACUUUUUGUGGAAGUUUGGCCUAUUCUGCUCCAGAGGUGAUCAUGCGUGAAAAAUAUACUGGUCCGGAAACUGAUAUAUGGUCGUUAGGUGUUAUUCUUUAUACUUUAUUGGCUGGUGAACUUCCUUUUGAUGAUGACUCUGAAAUAGUGGUUCAACGUAAAAUUGUUAAUGUCGAUUACGAAUUACCUUUUUAUUUCUCCUCUUCUGCUAAGGACUUGGUUAUGAACAUUUUGAAACGGCAACCUUCUGAACGACUCACUAUGGAUCAAAUAACCAAUCAUCCUUGGUCUAUCGAUUCACAACAACAACAACAACAACAACAACAACAACAACAACAAAACUAUUUUAGGAAAAGCAAUGGUCUUUCUAAUUUUACUUCUACUCAACAAUAUCCUGAUACCGCCAAAUUCUCUCCUCAAGUCAGAUUCAGUCUUGGUAUGAUGCGACCCGAUGACAAGUCCAAACGUUCACCACGAUUUUCUGCUCCAACUGUCAGCAAUCGAUCCGCUUCUGUACCUUCUCAAAUGCCUUCUCCCUUUCGAUCUUCUUUACCAUUGUCUUUGCCUUCCAAUCACAACAACAUGACUCCUACUGAACAACGGCUUGCUACUACCUUGAUAUCAGCUGGUUUCGAUGAAGAUAUUGUGCAAUCGAUGAAAUCUGGUUCUUGUGGAACAGCAAAUACCCUUUGGAACAUGCUCAUGGAAAAACAACAACAACAACAGGAUACGAAUACGUUCUCAAAAAUACAACAUGCCAACGAUCGAUGGUCAAUGCAGUCAUCAUCGAAACAUUUUUCUAUUCAGCAUCCAGUACCAUCAUCAGUGGAUUCGUCAUGUCAAACAAUUCCAGAAAUGACAAGAUCAGCAAUACCUUCAAAAUUACAAUUAUCUCCAAUUUCCAAUAAUCACUCUUAUCCAAUGGCCAAAUCUUCUCCUCGAUCCAUUUCUUCUGUGUCAUCAUCAUCUUCUUCUUUGCAUUCUAUGGCAUCUUCUGAAAAAUCUGGUUGGUUUACUUCUGUCAAAACUUGGUUUGGGGGAUCCAAACAAGAAAACAAUACAUCUGAUGCUCCUCCUAGAUCAUCAUCCGUUCGACGACAACAACAACAACAACUUGUAAAUGAAUUGACUCCUCCCAUCUAUCGAUCUGGUUCACUUAAAUACCGUCGACAUAUGUUACAAAUGAAUGAAUGGAAUCAAUCAUCAACCGAUUACAAUGCAUUUGAUACGCUAUCCAUCAUCACUACACCAAAGUAUGUUACCAGCACUGCAGUACCAAGUCAUGUUACUGAAGUUGAUAUAUGUGAAAAACGUUAUCCUAUGUAUCAUCCAAUAAUCGACAGUUUACAACAACAACAACAGCAACAACCAUCACCUCCACCAUCACCUCCUGAUGCAGUACCAUCCUCCACCAACCCAGGACUUCCCGUAUUCACUCAAUCUAUACCAUCCACCUUACCAUCAACACCAAUGGUCAACAACAGUCAUUCUGAUUCCUCUUCACUAUCAUCAUCAUCGAUGACAACGUCAACAACAACAACGACGACAUGCAACUCUAAUGGUGAAGGUUUGAAAAUAACGACGACGAUUCCCAAUCGACGGUUUGAAUUUGCACCACGAUCAAGACUUAGUGUAUAUGGAAUGAACGACCGUGGCUCGAUGGCAAACAAGGCGAUUAUUGAAGAAGAAGAGGAGGAAGAAGAAGAAUAG